AUUUGAAACUACAUAACUACAGAAGUGUUUUUAUUCAUAUUGGUAUUUUUGUUACAUCAAGUCACCUAAUUGUAGAUAAUGAAGGCAGACCUAGGCACAGAUUAAUGCACAGGCAGUGAUAGGCUGUAGCCUAGGGGCCUCACAGUGCUGAUUGUUCAUUUUGAUAAUGCUACAUGAGGGACUGCCCUCAGUCAGUACCAUGUGACCUUAUCUGUGCAGAGGCUUUUGAAUCACAACAAGGUUACUGUGAACCGAACAUUUCACACAAUAUUUGUUCUCGUUAUUUCAUGUUCAGCUCCGGUGGAUCUUUACUGUCGCUGUCCAAGGUGCUGAUCCUGGGUCCUCCAGGAACGCUGAAGCUGUCCUGGGUGAUGAUGCCUGCUGUUAGUUACCAUUAAUGCUGUUUGCACAGCUGACACGAUUUAUGUUUUAAACACCAAUGAUAUUUUAGAAGUUUAGCAAUUUAUUCUGCUGUUCUGUUUCCGAGCACCACUCAUUUUCUUUUAAUCUGUGCACCUCAGGCCGAACCUUGUGCUGAUAGAUUUAAAUGAUAGUUUUUGUCCUAAAUAUUGCCUUGCUGAAGGCAAGACAUUGCUGUGUUUAUUCUGAUUCCUACACAGUGGAUGAGACAGUCCCCACACCCGCCCCCUGCUUUCACACUUUUGCUCUGAAAGUAUUCAGGAAGGAAACAUAACGAACAGUUCCCCAGUGGUCUGCGGUGGAGACAAAGUUUUUUCAUAUCUCUGCUUGAUAUUUGCAAGAAUCUGGAUGUUAAUGCCCCUGUUUUUAGUGCGGAGCCACAAAAGUGUGUAACUAUAUGACACACAUUAUAUCAUCUGAUGCGUGGAGAGGAGCGGACUUCUUAAUGUGGCGUCCUUCAAGUUUAAUGGACUAAAACUGGACGACAGGUUAGUAGAAAUAUGUCCAGAGCUGCAGAGACUAAUGGGAGAGGGAGAAUACUGUUUAUGUUUAUUAUGAGCUUAUUUUUAAAGUAUUAUUCAAUUUGGACUUCCAGUCUUAUUUCUGUAUAUGCAGACGAUGUUUAUAUUCUAAAUGUACUGAUGUUAAUAUGUCAGUAAAGAAGAAGUUGGAGAAGAACUGUUCUUGUUCUGUUGUUGUUGUUGUUACCUGCAGUUGUAGCAAGUUUUUUACCUGCAGCAGAGGUUUGUUUAGUUAUGUAUAUACACACAACACACACCCUCAUCAAAAAACAGUUGGCAUAUUCUGCAUAACAUACACAAAUGAACAAAAACAUGUUGGUAUUUGGUGUGGUAUGAUUGAAUUCAAUGGUUUUAUGUUUCAUGGAUGGGCAAUAAUCAGUUUAGGCCAUUUUAUUAUUUAACAUUUUAGGGACCAGGAACAGACCUUUACACAAGAGACAGGCUAAUAUAUAAAAUUAACUAAUAUAUAGCUUAUAAAUACGUUUAGAAUCGAACAUAAUGCAUUGCUCAAGUAAAUUGAUGAAUAGUGUUGGGGAGGUCACAUGAUUUGUGAGACUGCAGAGAGACAUUUACAUUUCCUUCUUGACAGAGACGUGAUCAUCCUGUAGAUUACUGCUGUCUCGCCGAGGGUCAGUAACUCUUGAUGCUUUUGUAAAAGCUGCUGCAUAAAGGGUUUAAAGUCAAGGGUUUAAAAUAUAUAAAAUAAAUACAUUUCCUUCUAGAUUUAAUAAAGUGCCUACAUGUCUACAGCACAGUUUUGAAGGGACAGAUGAAACUGCAGGUGUCACACUCAUUCAUUAAUCCAUGGCAUUUCUCAACCAGCUGGGAGCAUUUUAUUUGAAAAUAUGUUCAUUCUUCAGCUUAAAUCACAAAGUUGAACUGCAGUACUGUGGAGAAAAGUAUCCCAUCGCCCCAGCACAGAAACUUCACACGUCCACACCUUAUAGUUAGAUCCUGGUUUCAAGUUUGGUCACGACUUCACACACAGGAAGUGACUGAGCUCGAACAAAACAGAAACAGUCUCAUGAACAGAAGUGAGCGUGAAGAGAGGCAAGGCCCUGUCCCCCUUCCAGCUAGUCUCUGUAGCAUUAGUAGUAGCUGAGACUCUAUGGGUUUUGUCAUAGACAAUAAAAUUAUUGUUUUUUUAGCAUCUGAGGUUUUUAUGUAAAACCAUCUCUGGUGGUGCCGGUUAAAAAAAAAAAAUCAGGAAGUGGGUGACUAAAAUCGAUUUCCAAAUCUGAAACAGUAGAAAGGAAGAACAGUAAGGAAAAAACCUAAAACUUAAAGACAUACAGUGACAUAACAUACUGUCUGUGGAGACAAACUUAAUAUUUAAAACUUUACCGAUUUUCAGCCUGAAUCCUUUUAAAUUAAUUGAAGACAUGAAAAUUCCUACUGUGCUCUGUGCCUUGAAUCCCCUGUUGCCUCUCUGCUGUCCACUCCAUGAUGUAAAUUAUAUGUCAGCAUCAAACUUAAAAGUAUCUUCAUGAUGAGAUACCAGCAGGUUUGUUUGGAUUUGUCAGGUUUCUACCCAUCUGUCUCUGAGAUUUCAUCAUCUGCAAGAUGACCAAGAGAAAUGGGAGGCGCCUGAGCUAAAUUUCAAAAGUCAUAGCAAAGGGUCCGAAUACUUAUGUCAAUGUGAUAUUUCAGUUUUUUCUUUUUAAUGCAUUUGCAAAAACUUCUAAAAUCCUGUUUUUGCUUUUUCAUCAUGGGGUAUUGAGUGUAGAUUGAUGAAGGAAAAAAUUAAUUUAAAUGAUGUUAGCAUAAGGCUGCAACAUAACAAAAUGUGAAAAAGGUGAAGGUGUCUGAAUACUUUAUAUAUAAACACAACACACACCCUCAUCACAAUACAGGCACUGUGGAAGAACAGUGGGCACGUACUGCAUAACAUGCACACAUAAACACAAUAAAAUGUUAGUAUAUGAUGUGAUAUGAUUAAAUUCAAUGGUUUAAUGUCUCAUUGAUGUGCAAUAAUCACUUAUUGUUUAUGCCAUUUUUUACUUGAACAUUUUUAGGGACCAGGAACAAACCUUUGCACAUGAGACAAGCUAAUAUAUUUUUGUAGAGGGCAGGAAGUGUAAACCUGUCAGAGUAUGCUGCGGUCAAAGCCACUGCAGUUGUUUGAGCUUUGUAUAAAAGGGAAGGAAGAACAGACAGGCUAUACUCAGAAGGAGAAUUUGGAGAAAAAUGCUGCUCUCACAUUGAUAUGAACAGUAACUUCUCUCUUCUCUCUUUCUGCUGCAUUAUUAUUAAUGCGAAGUAGAACAAUUUCUCAGAAGCAGAGCAGCAGAGCGACAGUGUCCGUGCUGGAUGUGAAGAUGGGGCACACUCUGCUCUGUGUGCUGGGCUUAUUCUUGCUGAAUACACUCCUCUACGGACAUGCUGAAGGGCAGGAUGAUGAACAAGAGAGGAGCGCUGAGGACUCUGGUGUGGGGACAGGACCAACAGGUGGGAUGGCUUCUACAUUGAGAUGUGUGUUUGAGGGAGGUGGAGACACUGAUUGGAAAUAUGAAUGGACACCACCCAAAUUAAACACACCUCCAACAAACAGUGAAUACAGGAUCAGCAGUGCUACUGAGUCCCACAGUGGAGACUACAGGUGUAAGGGCAGAAGGGACUCAUAUUCCUCAACAGAGUGGAGUGAUAUCAUCACAGUGACAGUUUUGUUCACAAACAGAGCUGUUGUCACUCUGCAAUCCAACUGGCCUGAGAUAUACUAUGGAGAGACGAUCACUCUGAGAUGUGAGAUCAUGGACGGAGGAGACACUGAGUGGGAGUAUGAAUGGACGACAUCCAGCUCAGACACACUUCCAAAGCACAGUGAUCAGGUUAUCAGUGCCACCAUUUACAGUGGUGGAAACUACUGGUGUAAGGGUAAACACAAAAAGGAAUUGUUUUCAACAGAAUGGAGUGAUCCGAUCACACUGACACUGUCGGCACACAGACCAAAGGCUGAACUGAGAGCUGACAGGAGAGCCAUUCCAGCAGGGGGCAGUGUGACCCUGACCUGCUCUGUGAAGCCAUCAUCAUCUGGUUGGAAAUACUUCUGGUACAGAGGAGAGAAAACCUCUGAACCCCUGACCACACAAGAUGCUGACUUCCUCUCAGAUGGACAAAUCAGAGUCUCACAGGGAGGACUCUACUGGUGCAGAGGAGGAAGAGGAGACCCAGUUUACUACACAGAGUACAGUGAUGCAAUCAGUAUAAACAAAAUGAUUCCCAACAGGGCCAUUGUGACCCUUCAACCCAAUUGGCCUCAGAUCUUCAGUGGCGAGACGUUCACUGUCAGAUGUGAGAUCAAGGACGGAGGAGACACUGAGUGGGAGUAUGAAUGGACGACACCCAUCUCAGACAAACCUUUAACGCAAAAUGAAUACAGGAUUAGAUUUGCUUCUGGAUCCCACAGUGGAGACUACAGGUGUAAGGGCAGAAGGGACUCAUAUUCCUCAACAGAGUGGAGUGAUGUCAUCACAGUGACAGUUUUAUCACACAGACCAAAGGCUGAACUGAGAGCUGACAGGAGAGUCAUUCCAGCAGGGGGCAGUGUGACCCUGACCUGCUCUGUGAAGCCAUCAUCAUCAUCUGGUUGGAAAUACUUCUGGUACAGAGGAGAGAAAACCUCUGAACCCCUGACCGCACAAGAUGCUGUCUUCCUCUCAGAUGGACAAAUCAGAGUCUCACAGGGAGGACUCUACUGGUGCAGAGGAGGAAGAGGAGACCCAGUUUACUACACAGAGUACAGUGAUGCAGUCGUCACAAACAGAGCUGUUGUCACUCUGCAACCCAACUGGCCUGAGAUAUACUAUGGAGAGACGAUCACUCUGAGAUGUGAGAUCAUGGACGGAGGAGACACUGAGUGGGAGUAUGAAUGGACGACAUCCAGCUCAGACAGACUUCCAAAGCACAGUGAUCAGGUUAUCAGUGCCACCAUUUACAGUGGUGGGAACUACUGGUGUAAGGGUAAACACAAAAAGGAAUUGUUUUCAACAGAAUGGAGUGAUCCGAUCACACUGACACUGUUGGCACGCAGACCAAAGGCUGAACUGAGAGCUGACAGGAGAGACAUUCCAGCAGGGGGCAGUGUGACCCUGACCUGCUCUGUGAAGCCAUCAUCAUCUGGUUGGAAAUACUUCUGGUACAGAGGAGAGAAAACCUCUGAACCCCUGACCGCACAAGAUGCUGUCUUCCUCUCAUAUCUACAAGUCUCACAGGGAGGACUCUACUGGUGCAGAGGAGGAAGAGGAGACCCAGUUUACUACACAGAGUCGAGUGAUACUAUCAGUAUGAACAAAAUUAGAACAGUUCCCAACAGGGCCAUUGUGACCCUUCAACCCAACUGGCCUCAGAUCUUCAGUGGUGAGACGUUCACUGUCAGAUGUGAGAUUGAGGGAGGAGGAGACACUAAAUGGACGUAUGAAUGGACACCAGCCAAAUUAAACACACCUCCAACAAACAGUGAAUACAGGAUCAGCAGAGCUACUGAGUCCCACAGUGGAGACUACAGGUGUAAGGGCAGAAGGGACUCAUAUUCCUCAACAGAGUGGAGUGAUGUCAUCACAGUGAUAGUAUCAGACAAACCCCAGCCUGUCCUCACUGUGUCUCCAUCAUGGCUGAGUCCUGCAGACUCAGUGACUCUGAACUGCAGUGUUAAAGAUCCCUCUGCAGGAUGGACGUUCUACUGGUAUAAGGCUGUUCCCAAACUAGCAGACAUCUCCUACAGCGAUGAGCUGCUACCUGGCAGCAGCAGUGGGACUGAACAGGAUUCCUACAUUGUUCAUGGACAGACACACACAGCAGGAUAUAAGUGCAGAGCUGGAAGAGGAGCUCCAGUGUAUUACACUCAGUACAGUGAACCAAAGUUCGUCUGGUCUGGAGAUUUUCAUUCAUCAGCGUCUCUCACAGUGAGUCCUGACAGAGUGCAGCACUUCCCCUCUGACUCUGUCUCACUGAACUGUGAAGGAAACUCUGCUGAGUGGAGAGUGAGGAGGUUUACUGAGGACGGCUACCCGUCAUACUGCUCCUACUGGGGGACAAUGACUGGAUCCACAUGCAGCAUAGGCCGUAACCGGCAGAGUGCUGCAGUGUACUGGUGUGAGUCUGGAUCAGGAGAGUUCAGCAACGCAGUCAACAUCACUAAACAGAAUGGAGAUAUUAUCCUGGUGAGCCCUGUCCGUCCUGUGACUGAGGGAGAUUCUGUUAGUCUUAGCUGCAAGUUGAGGACAGAAGAAUUUGUUUCAGAUGUGUUUUUCUAUCGAAAUGGCGAACUAGUUCAAAAUGAUACCAGAAGGGAGCUAAACAUCUCUGCAGUGUCGAAGUCAGAUGAGGGAUUCUACAAGUGUCAACACUCAGGAAAAGCGUCACCACAGAGUUGGAUGUCAGUAAAAUCGUCCAGCUCUCCAUAUGCUCCAUUUCAGAUCGUUGGGCUGGUUAUUGGUAUCUUACUGAUUGUUCCCCUGCCACUGCUGCUGCUGUGUUGGUACAAAAAGUCAAAGGAUACAUGUUGUCACAGGCUCAUCCAGUCUCAGAGAACCAAUCAGAGCUCUGCUACAGUCCAAACUGUCAACCAAGAUGAAAAUCAGCAGCAAGUAUACUCCUCUCUUCUCCAUGGUGAUGUUUGUGCCUAUGAAACAAUCAGUGGCUCUGGAAACACCGGAAGUGGCAGACUAGCAGAUGAAUACAGAAAUGUGAUAUCUCAGAUUCAGCUCCAAGUUCUUGCAAAGAGUAGUUUUCAUGAUGAUCCAGCAGAGAGCUCUGACUACUGUAAUGUGAAUCCAGAUUCAACUGCAGGUCCAUUCGCACAGUUUGAUAAUGAAGUAUCAAUCUUUAUUUUAGUGCUGAAGACACGCCUCUAUGGACAUGCUAAAGUGACAAACAGGGCUGUUGUGACCCUACAACCCAAAUGGCCGAAGAUACACGCAGGAGAGACGAUCACCCUUAGAUGUGAGAUUAAGAACGGAGGAGACACUGAGUGGGAGUAUGAAUGGAGAACAACCAGCUCAGUAAAACCUCUAAAUGGAAAUGAAUUUAGGAUUACGCCUGCUUCUACAUUCCACAGUGGAGACUACAGGUGUAAGGGCAGGAACAAAACCGAACAACAGUCUUCAACAAAGUGGAGCGAUGCCUUCAAAUUGACAGUAUGUGGCUGUAAACCCAAACCUGUCCUCACUGUGUCUCCAUCAUGGCUGAGUCCUGCAGACUCAGUGACUCUGAACUGCAGUGUUAAAGAUCCCUCUGCAGGAUGGACGUUCUACUGGUAUAAGGCUGUUCCCAAACUAGCAGACAACUCCUACAGGAAUGAGCUGCUACCUGGCAGCAGCAGUGGGACUGAACAGGAUUCCUACAUUGUUCAUGUACAGACACACACAGCAGGAUAUAAGUGCAGAGCUGGAAGAGGGGCUCCAGUGUAUUACACUCAGUACAGUGAACGUCACUUUGUCUGGUCUGGAGAUUUUAACUCGGCAGCGUCUCUCACAGUGAAUCCUGACAGAGUGCAACACUUCUCCUCUGAGUCUGUCUCACUGAGCUGUGAGGGAAACUCCACAGAAUGGAGAGUGAUGAGGUUGACUGAAAAAGGCGACCUGUCUCACUGUAAUGGAAAAAUGAUUGGAUCCACAUGCCAUAUCCACAAUUUACCAUACACUGAUGCAGUGUAUUGGUGUGAGUCUGGAUCAGGAGAGUUCAGCAACGCUGUUAACAUCACUGUACACUUGUCCAGAGCUGAAAGCCAUUCAUUUCUUAUGCCGCUGUUCACUGGGGUCCUUACUGGAGUUUUAUUGAUUAUUCUCCUGCUCUUGCUGCAUCACUUCACAAAGUCCAAGGAUCCAUGCAGUGGCAGACCCAUCCAGUCUCAGAGCACCAAUCAGGAUGAACGGGUCAACCCGGAUGAAACUCAGGAGCACAUAUACUCCUCUCUUCGUGAAGGAGUUGUUUGUAUCUACGACUCGAUCAGCGGUUCUGAAGAAACUGGAAAUAUGGACAAGCUAAAGAAUACAGUGAUGCCACAUUUCAUUCAAUUUAGCUCAAAGGUCUUGUCAAGAGGAGUGAACAUGAUGAUCCAGAGGAGAGCUCAGACCACUACAUGUGAAUCCACGUUUAACCACAGUUCCAGGUCCAUAAAGAGAAGCAUCAACAAAACAAGCGAAGCACAGAUGACAACAAGAAAAUCUGGAUUCAUGUUUAGGGCAGUUUUUGCAAGUAUUACAACUGCUCUUCGGAUUUCUUAGUACUUUGCACAGUUCAAUUGCAGAUUAUAUGAUUAUAUGAUUAGCCAUAGCCAUACUGUUUAUUAUAUACUGUAUUAUAUUAUAAUUACAUGAUGUGGAUUUAACCUCCUGCUGGUCUCAGCACAGAUUGCAGAACUGUUGAGGCGUUUGUUUUGCUUUUGGAUUCAUUGAUAUAUUUGUUUCUUCAUUUUGUUGCCACUCAAGCUGUAAAGCUUCAUUAGCCUGCUCACAGCGUAGGUGCUUCAGGAUGUAACGGUACCAAAUCACCCGGUGAUUGCUUUAUGAUUUGUGAUGCUACAUGCAACAGAGCGAAAGUGAGAUAAAAGAUGUAAUGUUGGCCCAGCCAAGAGUUUGUGUUUUGCUGUUGAGGUUCAGUUUGUCACUUGCCGUGGGUGAAGUGAUCAUAUCUGAAAAUCAAAUUUUUACCAAAAGUGGGAAAUUUUACAGUCUGUAAAUUGGAUUGUACACAUCACGGGUGUAUUUUAUAACAGCUCAUCUAGUGCAGCUUCACUAGUCAAAAUCAGGGAUGGACAACAACAACUAUUUUCUCUUCAUAUUGUUGCUAAAAAGAACAUUUUAUAAUACAUAUAUGUAAAUUCAUAUGUCCUUUUAUAACUGUACUUUUCUUUUGUACAUUUUUAAGUUUGGUCUUUCACAGUGUAAUAUGUAGCAAGAAUAAGUAAACUUUUAACCAAGCUGUGAGUAUUAUUUCUACACUGAUAUAAUUUGCUCAUGCCUGCAGGUUCACAUUAUCAGCCACUUGGUGGGGCCCUGCAGUUUUGCUUUCAGUUACUUCAUUAGUUCCUAAUAGUACUUACAUACCCAUGAGUAUCAUAAUUACAUUGAGAUUCAUUUUCAUCUUAACAAAUCCUUUAAGUUGUACUAAUAGCUCUCACUUUGUAUAAAUAUUAUUGUUAAAUAAAUGAAUUUGAAUUCA